AUGACAAUAGCAGCAAGGCGCAUCUGCGCCCAGUGCUUCCAUCACCUCUCUCUUCCUCGACCCGAGGCCCGUCGCCUGCCCUCGUGGCGGAUUUCCCCACAGCAGCCUCUACGAUCAUUCUCGCAGACCCGUCUCGUCUACGCCUUCGCACCCCCGACUCCUGCCUCGCUGGGCAAAGCUGUGCCGGCCAAGCAAUACAAGAGGACGAGAAAAUGGGCACGCAGGUUUGCAUACUUGUUCCUGGGCGGCACCGUCGUGUACGUGGUGGACAAGAGAUUCUACGCAUCCAGUCUCGCGAGAAGUUUCCGCACUUUCUCCGUGGGGUUGAUUGCUGCCCUGGACUACAAGAUCAACUUUCGCGAGGAUCCGUGGUUUGCCAAUGACAUUACCGAAGUGCACGCGCGCAAUGCGACGAGACUGUUCAAUCUCUUGCGGACGAAUGGCGGGCUGUACCUCAAGAUCGGGCAGGCGAUUGCCAUGCAGACGGCGAUCUUGCCUCCAGAAUUUCAGAAAAUGUUCUCCAAGAUGUUUGACGAUGCACCGCAGAAUAGCUGGGAGGACGUGCGGCGAGUCAUCAUGGAGGAUUUUGGUGGUCGGACGCCUGAGGAGGUGUUUGGGAUCUCCUUCGACGGAGAUCCUGAUGCCGGUGUGAUGGAGAGAAAAGCCCGGGCUAGUGCGAGCGUGGCACAAGUACACUGGGCAAGACUGAAGGACGGGCGAGAAGUCGCCAUCAAGAUACAGAAGCGGGAGAUUGCUCAGCAGGUCGGAUGGGAUCUGUGGGCGUUCAAGGUGGUGACCCGGAUAUAUACGUGGUGGUUCGACCUGCCCCUCUACUCGCUUGUUCCUUAUAUCACCGAAAGACUACUCCUGGAGUGUGAUUUCCAGAACGAGGCGAAUAAUUCCAAGGAGAUGGCCAGACUCAUCGCGGGUGAACCCCGUUUACGGGAUAGAGUCUACAUCCCCAAGAUUUACGACGACCUCACCACCAAGCGAGUCAUGACGGCUGAAUGGGUUGAGGGCGUGCGAUUGUGGGAUAAGGAGGCCAUUACUCGACCCUGGCAGGGAGGCUGGCGAACCGGCAGUCCAGGCUGUCACGGCACUCCGCUUGAUCCGCCUCAAAUUCCCAUGACUACUCUGCAAGAAAAAGCCCGCUCGUACAACGAAGAACUCAAACCGGAUAGGACGUGGUGGAAGGGCCCGAACGGUAAAGGUGGUCUCGGUCUGGAUCUCACAGAAGUCAUGACGACCAUGGUCGACCUCUUCUCUGCGCAGAUGUUUCUCUGGGGGAAAGUGCACUGUGACCCUCAUCCAGGCAACAUCUUCAUCCGACGGCUGCCCAACGGCCAUUCUGAACUUGUCCUGAUCGACCAUGGCCUCUACAUCAACAUGUCCCCCUCGUUUCGACAUCAGUAUUCCCUGUUCUGGAAAUCCUUGAUGAUAUUCGACAACAAGACCCUCAAGGAGGUCGUCAGCCAAUGGGGGAUCAACAACGCCGAGAUCUUUGCGUCGGCCGCCUUGAUGCGUCCUUACGAAGGGGGGGACCGCACGGUGGCCACUCGGCUGAAGGGCAUAUCAGAACAAGAGAAGAAAAAGCGCCAAUAUGAGCUGCAACAAGCCAUGCGCAAGGGUAUCAAAGAGAUUCUGGCCGAUGAAACCAAAUGGCCUCGGGAAUUAAUCUUCAUCGGUCGGAACAUGCGUAUCGUUCAAGGCAACAAUCAGUAUCUGGGCAGUCCCGUCAACCGCAUCAAAAUCACCGGCAACUGGGCCUCAAGGGCACUGGCCGAGGAUCAACAGCUGACUUUUGCGGAGAGGUGGAAGUUUUUCGGGAGUCAUUUGAUGUUCAAGUUGGUCUUGUGGGCAUCCGAUGCAUAUUUCUGGUGGUCGAAGCUCAAGCAGGCGCUGGGGAGAGGGAAGGGCAUGGACGAUGAUGUGGACCAACUCAUGAGGGGCAUGGCGAAGGACUAUGGGAUCGAGAUGAACCACAGCGUGUUUGAAGGCUGA